AUGGGCUUCCAGCAUCCUCUCUUCUCCACUGAUUUUAUUUUUCUAUUUCCAAAUCACAUCUGCUGGCCUGCCUCGUCGAAGCUGUGCCAGAGGUGGGAAAUCUCCUCUUGGCUGGCCCGAUGGUUCCCCAAAGAACCAGCCAAGCCCGUGGUGGCACAGAAAACACCCAUCAAGUUGGAGCUUGUUGCCGGGAAAACCUACAGAUGGUGUGUAUGUGGCCGAAGUAAGAAGCAACAGUUCCGUGAUGGCUCCCACUUCUUCCAGUGCACUGGCCUUUGGCUACUCAAGUUCAAGGCCCAAGAGACCCACAGUGGCUCUAUGUACCUACAAGGCCACCAGCAUCCUCCUUACUGUGACAGUACCCACAAGAGGGAGCAGGUACAGAAAGCAGAAGUGGGCUCCUGGCUCUGA